ACAUAGUAUUGCAUGUAGAAAAGGAUGUGCCCCCUCUUCUCGGAUGCGACCUGAAGCGCUUCCCUCUCUCCCUCUUCAUCCCACCUGCUUGUGCGUGACGCGAAAGGAGUGCUUCCCAGACCUCACCUCAACAUCCAGCACAUAGCACCACCACAACCAUGGGUCGCUCGUCGUCCUCGUCCAUCAGGACGCCUGAUGUUUCCGGUUCGGGCGCCGACAACGAGAAGCACCAGCCCGGCGGCGACUCGCACGCCAACAUGGACAUUCGCGGUCUCGAGACAUCCGAGCACACGUCGCUGCACCGCGGUCUCAAGGCGCGCCACAUUAGCAUGAUCGCCAUUGGCGGCGCGCUCGGCACGGGCCUCAUCAUCGGUACCGGUGCGGCCCUGGCCAAGGCUGGUCCCGGCUCGCUCUUCAUCUCGUACACUUUUAUCGGCGCCAUUGUUUUCCUCGUCAUGGCGGCCCUCGGCGAGAUGGCGGCCUGGAUGCCGUUCUCGGCUGGCUUCACAGGGUACGCCUCGCGGUAUUGCCAUCCUGCUCUCGGUUUCGCCCUCGGAUGGACCUACUGGUUCAAAUAUGUGAUUGUGACGCCCAACCAACUGACCGCAGCUGCUCUUGUCAUCCAGGAGUGGUGCCCACCAGACAAGGUCAACCCGGGCGUCUUCAUCGCCAUCUUUCUCGUGGCCAUCAUCUGCAUCAACUAUUUUGGCGGCAUCAAGUUCUUUGGCGAGUUCGAGUUCUGGCUGUCCUCCAUCAAGGUCCUCGUCAUCCUGGGCAUCAUCCUCUUCUGCAUCGUCAUCGCAGCGGGCGGUGGUCCCAACGGCCAGGCGACUGGCUUCAAGUACUGGCGCGACCCGGGCGCGUUUGCCGAGCUCAAGGUCAAGGGCAGCGUGGGCCAGUUCCUCGGGUUCUGGUCCGUCAUGGUCAACGCGACGUUUGCCUACCUGGGCACCGAGCUCGUGGGUGUGACCGCGGGCGAGGCGCAGAACCCGCGCCGCAGCAUCCCCAAGGCUAUCAAGCUCACCUUUUACCGCAUCGUCGUCUUCUACUGCCUCAGCGUUUUGCUUGUUGGCAUGAUUGUGCCGUACAACUCGGACAAGCUGGCGUUUGCCAACGACGUGGGCCGCCCCGGCGCCAGCUCGUCGCCCUUUGUCGUGGCGGCCAAGGAGGCUGGUGUCCAGAACCUGCCCGGCAUCAUCAACGGCUGCAUCCUCAUCUUUGUCUUCUCGGCCGCCAACUCGGACCUCUACAUUGCGUCGCGCACUCUUUACGGCCUCGCCAGCGACCGCUCUGCGCCGGCCAUCUUCAAGCGCACCGACAGCCGGGGCGUACCGUGGCCGUCACUCAUUGUGGCCUCGCUCUUUGCCCUGCUCGCCAUGAUGAAUGUGGCCGAUGACUCGCGCGCCGUAUUCAAGCACUUUGUCAACCUCACCACCAUCUUUGGCCUGCUCACCUGGAUCUCCAUCCUCAUCACGCACAUCUGGUUCUGCCGGGGUCGCCAGGCGCAGGCCAUCCCCGACAGCAUCAUGCCGUACCGCGCGCCCCUCGGCAUCUGGGGCUCCUACGCGGCGCUGUUCUUCUGCAUUAUCAUUGCGCUCACCAAGAACUUUGAGAUCUUCCUCGUCACCGGCGACGAGCCCUUUGACUGGCGCACCCUCAUCACAGGCUACCUGGGCAUCCCGCUGUACCUGCUCCUCCUCUUUGGCCACAUUCUCAUCAAGAAGUCGCGGGGCAUCGCGCCCAAGGAUGUCGACUUUUACACGGGCAAGGAUAUCAUCGACCGCGAGGAGGAGGCAUUCCUGGCCAAGAAGGAGGAGAUGGCCGCGAGCAGGACUGGGUGGAACAGGUUCUACGAUCGCUUCCUGUCGCCGCUGUUCUGAGGUUGGUUGUUUCCAUGAAUGUAAAUAGAUGUAUACCCUGGCGUGUUUAUGAGCGAUCAAAUGAUUUCUUACAAUUGGGAGUGGCCUCAAGUAACGAGUGAG